AUGUCUUUGGAAUCUACCCCAAAGGGCAGGAUCUACAAGUCCCGAAAAUCUCGACCAUGCGAUGCCUGUCGUCGACGCAAGGUAACUUGCGAUAUGCCUACAGGCCCUCCAUGCCGGCGAUGCGUGCACAUGGAUAAAGCCUGCACAUUUGAGGAAGGGCCCAGUCAGAGAAAGCGGCGAAUUGCUCAUUCUCAAACCAACGCCGAAUUUGAAUGCGAUGCUUAUACUCCGUUUUACGUCAACCCACAUGAAGAGAAGGAAGAUGUCUCGUUUCAGUACAUGUUGACUUCUGAGCUUCAACACUAUCGCGGCCUUCAGGAAACUACUGAGAAUGCGGCAAAUCAGGUGGACGCUGUGCAUGAAGUCUACUUUCAGAAUCACUCAAGUACUAGCAGCUCGCCUUCUGUUGCCGGACGCUACCUGUCUCCCACCCAACCUCUUGGAACUACAGCUUCAUUAGAGCGCCUUAGUACUGAAAGUGAAAUGCAGCAAACGUCCCUUGAGUUUAUUCCAGAUGCAUUCAGUUUCUAUAUCGGUCCGACAGGAGUUUCAGAUAUUCAUUUAUUGAGCCAGCAACAAUAUGAUGAGCGAAAAAUAUCCCGGCUGAAAGUCAGGGGGCUUAAAUAUCGAGUGAUCGAUCCAGAGAGCGGAGAUAAAACCAUGGACGACAAUAAUUUUGUUCCACCCACUAUAUUCGGUAUCACAGACCGUGCUCUUCUAGACAAGGCAGAGCCGAGGGUUGACUACCAGACGAAUGAGUCGGCAUGGUCGGAACUGUGGCAGAUCCUCGAUCCUAUGGGCGCGUGGCAUUUGAUCGGCCUGUAUAGCCGCUUUGUCGAUCCUUACUUUCCAAUUGUUUCUCGGCACCAGAUACCCAAUAAUGUUGAUUCACUAAGCAAUAUGCCCUUGGGCCUUUUGACAGCCAUGUGCGCAACAGCGCUCCCGUUCAUCAUGUACGAUGAGGCUUUAUAUACGCUUCUACUACGGCCACCUUCGAGCCAAGAUCUCUACCGUCUUGCAUGGUUAGGAGUGACAUCGGAAUUGCACGCUCCAUCCUUGACAACUCUUCAAGCAUGCCUAAUCCUCCAACAACGACUACCAACAAAUCUCUACCUUUCCGACACCGCAUUCACCUGGACUCUCAUGUCAACGGCCGUUUCAGUGGCCCAGACAAUAGGAUUACACAGAGACCCAUCUGCAUGGCUUAGUGUACCAACAUGGGAACGACAACUCCGUCGACGCUUGUGGUGGGCGUUGUGGGUAAUGGAGAAAUGGGUCGCUCUUGCUCGCGGCAUGCCUAGUCAUCUCCACGAUGAUGAUUCAGAUGUCACUUCAAUAGCCAUUUCCGACAUUCAAAAUACGCUGUCAACACAUGGUGACAAUCAUGCCCAUCUCUACCAUCUAGUCAACCUGACGGGAAUAUUAUCUGAUAUCCAGCAUACGUACUACACUGUUCGAGCUAUUAAUCGUACCUCUUCAGAUCUACAGUAUUCCCUCGAGGCAGCUAAGUCACUACGAGCACGACUUAAAGACUGGCGCGGUAACGUUCCAGAUGAAUUACGAUUUCGAGCUCGAUGCUGUGCUGGAGACAGUGUGCAGUCAUCCUAUGGAGAAACGCUAGAUGGAAACGGGGGUCUACAUUUAUCGUAUAUCGUUGCCCACAUGACCCUUUUUCGAGCCCUCCUUCGACCUUUAAACAAUUGGCCGGCUAUUAUGCUCCAGUCACCGUCAGAUCAAGCGAAUGCAGUCAAAGAAGGGGCAAAGGCUGUUGUCAGAGGCGCUCUUCUUUGCGUCAAGGAGUUUGUAGAGUUUAUUGAGGCUUUAACAGAGACACAGUGGAAUGCGUUCUGGCAUAGCUGGAGUCGACCGAAUUUUGCUAUCGCUGGCUCAUUUAUGGUGCAUGUUCUACAUACAAUUGCACCACUAGACUCUCCGCGCCAAGACGAACUUCAGGCCGCGGGAAUUCCUCCGAGUUGGAUAAAUUUUGAAGACGAUUAUAAAGAUCUUCAGGUCUGGAUUCGAAGAUGGAGAUGGGCAAAUCGUGUCUCUGCUAAUGGUGCUGCUGGUGUUAAAGGUCUCACCAAUCUCGGUUUAAUGAAGGUUGAAACACUGAUGGAGAAUACUAAAUUUCACGGUGAUAUACGAAGCACCUUAAUUAAUGGCAAUUGA